CAUGGACUUGCUCGAAUUUCUAGACUUGCGAGAUUUCGCUUGCAGCAGCAGCAACGAAGCCGAGGUUCCUGCAUGGGCCCGCCGGUCCGCGACAAGUGGAAACCGGAGGCCAUGCGGGCGGCUUCUUACUUGAGUUGGCUUCCGAAUUUGUGUGCUGCUCUCGUUCGCUGCCGCCGCAAUCGUAACUCUAGGCCAAGUCGUUACAGUACAGUGACGGCAGGGAGGCGCCCUACGGCAGUAUGGAGCAGUGAGAGUACAACAGAACUCCUGACUGCUAUCGAAGGAUAUCCUUUGGCAUCUCCGCUGCGGGUCAUCGUUGCACCAUGCUUGCUCUUCUCACGCGACAAGGAGCCCCAAAUUUGUAGGCAUUCGAAUAGGUCCACCACCAUUCUUGAUUCAUGAUUCACACUGCGUGUCGGUGCGCGACUUUGUCUUUUGGUUGCCUCACCGCGGUCCCUCGAAUGGCUUUCUGUCCGCCUAAUUUGCGAUCCAAACCGCGCUGAUCAAUCAUUGAUCAGAUCAAACCUCACCGCAGCAACUUUAGCCUUAUUGAGCAGAAGCUAGACUCCCCAUUCACUCCUCUCUCGAGUCGAUGCCUGCCGCCUGCAAGCGUGACACUUGGAGAGCCUUCACGCAGCAGAAGCG